GUGGCAGCGGCAGUGGCGUUUGGACUAGUCGUGGGCUUCGUGGAAGGACCCACCAAAGCGUCAGAGUUCUUUGCGGGGUAUCUAUUGGAGCAGAGCCUGUCCGUGGACAAUCUCUUUGUGUUCGUCCUCAUCUUCUCUUACUUCAAAGUGCCCACCGCCUACCAGCCUCGGGUGCUCACGUAUGGCAUCGCUGGAGCUGUGAUCUUCCGAGCCAUCAUGAUAGGUCUGGGCAUUGCGGCCAUUCAAGCCUUUGAAGCGGUCAACCUGCUGUUUGCCGCGGUUCUCAUAUUCUCCUCCUACAAGCUACUAGCGGAGGCAGAGGACGAGGAUGACGACCUCUCCAACAACUCAGUGGUCAAGUUCUGCCAAAAGCUCAUCCCUAUAACAGAUUACUACGACGGUAACAAGUUCUACACCACAACAGCAGCAGGCGUGCAAAUAGCCACUCCUCUCCUCCUCACUCUAGCCGUUGUCGAGCUGUCGGAUAUUGUCUUCGCCUUUGACUCCAUCCCAGCAGUCUUUGGCGUCACUCGUGAUCCCUUCAUCGUCUUCACAUCCAACAUCUUUGCUAUUCUCGGGCUGCGGUCACUCUUCACAGUGAUCGCCACCAGCAUGGCGGACCUGCACUACCUGCAGCCAGCCAUCGCAGUCGUGCUCGGCUUUAUUGGUUCUAAGAUCCUAGCCGACUUCUGUG